AUGGAAUGCCACCAACAAAAGUUUGAUAGAUCUCGCACUCAUAGUAACACAGACAGGCUUUAUUAUCUCGAGCAGUAUACUUCAGGAGACGCUAAAGAGCUGGUCAUAUCUUGUCAUCAUCUACCACCUGACGAAGGAUACAAUGAGGCUCGUAGGCUCCUAAAGAAGAAAUUUGGAGACGAGUAUCGGGUCACUUUAGCUUACGAAACUAACGCUCUAGCAUGGCCCUCCAUAAAACCAGAAGAUGGUUCAGCUCUUCAGUUUGCCGUUUUCCUCUCAAGUUGCACGAAUGCUUUGGCGAUCAGUCAGUACUCAUCGAAGUUUGACCAGCCAGGGAACAUCCAGAAAUUGGUCUUCAAACUGCCGUUCAGCACGAGAGAGAGGUGGUGUCGCUGCGCAGAUGACAUUAUGGAGAUAGAGUCAAGACCAGCAAAGUAUUGUGACCUCGUUACCUUUGUUGACUGUGAAGUAAGGAUUGCUACUAAUCCAGUGUUCGGGAACAUCUCAGCCAACGCCCAACCCAGCUCUGAUCAAAGGUCACGCAGAACGCCACAAUUACCAGCUGGCUUCAAACCAUCUAAGACGAAGACAUCAACCUUUGUCACCCAGGUGAAGGACAAUAAAGACGCGAAUUCAGAGCAGUCUACUGGCGGUUACCCCACGUGCCACGGUGUUCAACCUAACCUAUGUCCAUUUUGCCAAAAGAACCACGCUCUAGAAGACUGUCAUGUGCUCAGAUGGAAGCCUUAUCAAGAGCGUAUCAAGUUCCUCUCUACGAAGAGGCUUUGCUUUGGCUGUUUGUCAGCUAAUACAGACAAGUGUCCCAAGAGCAGUAGUGAAGAAGCCCGUGGUAGGACAGCUAUGGCCGUCAUCCCUGUCAAAGUCCGUUUGAGAGCUAACAAUCGGACAGUCAUCACUCACGCCUUUCUACAUGGAAGUAGUGUCACCUUCUAUACGGAAUCGUUAAUAAGAAAACUCGAGGUUGAAAGAACCAAAGUGAAGAUUUCCCUGUCCACCUUGGAGAAAAAGAACAGUCCGGUUGAAAGUUACCUCAUCCGGGACUUAGUGGAGUCCGAUCUCGAUGAUAUCAUUUUUGAGGAAGACAUUCCAACCCAGGAGGAUGUGGAUCAGUGGCCCCAUCUAGAUGGUGUUUUCAUACCUCGCUUUGAUGCCGAGAUCGGACUCCUGAUUGGCAGUAACGUUCCAGAGGCGCUCGAUCCGGUCGAGAUAAGGCACGGUGAAAACAGUGGCCCCUAUGCAUCAAGAACGCGCAUUGGUUGGGCAGUAAACGGUCCUUGUGGACAUUGUCGCCAUGGAUCCGAGGCUGUAAGCUCCUUUGUCAAAUUUGACCCCCAGCUUCAGCACAUGGUAGACAACUUUUACAAUCGUGAUUUUUCCGACUCCUUUGCUGAUGUUUAG